AAGAGGAAGACUCUUUUUAUAGGGUUUUUUUUCUCACUAUUAUUAGGUUUAGCUGGUUCUGCAAUCUCUAUGCAAUCGAAAGGGAUGGUGGAGCAGGAGUUUGACGAUAUUGGAGUUGAUACUGGUUCGGAUAUUGAAGUCGACGAUAUUAGGUGUGAGAAUCUAGCAGAUAAAGAUGUUAGCGAUGAGGAGAUUGAGGCAGAAGACUUGGAGAGGCGAAUGUGGAAGGACAGGAUCAAGCUCAGGAGAAUCAGGGAAAAGCAUAAGCAUGCAGCUCAACAGGCUGCUGAGAAGCCCAAGCCCCAGCAUACUUCUGAUCAAGCUCGGAGGAAGAAAAUGGCGAGAGCACAGGAUGGAAUCCUCAAGUACAUGUUGAAGUUGAUGGAAGUGUGCAAAGCCCGCGGGUUCGUGUACGGUAUCAUUCCUGAGAAGGGGAAGCCCAUGAGUGGUGCCUCUGAUAACAUAAGAGCUUGGUGGAAAGAGAAGGUGAAAUUUGAUAAGAACGGACCAGCAGCCAUAGCCAAAUACGAGGCAGAGUGUUUGGCUGCUGGGGAGGCAGAGAAUAAGAGACGGGGUAACUCUCAGAGCAGCCUGCAGGACCUUCAAGAUGCCACGUUGGGCUCUCUCCUAUCGUCAUUGAUGCAGCACUGUGAUCCUCCACAGCGAAAAUACCCAUUAGAGAAGGGUGUACCACCGCCAUGGUGGCCUUCGGGGAAUGAGGAUUGGUGGAUAAAAAUGGGACUACCCAUUGGUCAGGUUUCUCCUUACAAAAAACCCCAUGAUCUGAAGAAGGUUUUGAAGGUUGGAGUGCUGACGGCUGUGAUCAAACACAUGUCCCCAAAUAUUGCAAAGAUCAGGAGGCAUGUUCGUCAGUCAAAAUGUUUGCAGGAUAAAAUGACUGCCAAGGAAAGCUUAAUUUGGUUGGGAGUGUUGAGCCAAGAGGAGUCUGUUAUCCAGCAGCCUAGCAGUGAUAAUGGGGCAUCUGGCAUAACUGAGACGCCUCAUAAUGGUCGUGGUGAAAGGAAGGAGGCUGUGGCUAGUAGUAGUGACAGUGACUAUGAUGUCAAUGGUGUUGAGGAUGGUGUUGGUUCAGCUUCAUCUAAAGUAGAGCAGAGAAAUCAACCAAUGGAUAUGGAACCUCGUGUAGACCCAUCUCAUAACCCAAAGCAUCGUGUCCAAGAUAAAAAGAAAGUAGAACAAUCAAGGAGAAAAAGACCUCGUGGGAGCUCAACUCCUGUGGAUCAACAAACCACCCCAUCGCAAAAUGAACAUCUACAUGGGAAACUUAGAAAUACUCUUCCAGAUAUGAACAAUGCAGACUUGCAGUUGGAUGGAUACCAGAUGCAUGUUGUUCAACAGGAAAAUGGCCAAAUGGCAUCUUCAGGGCCUUUGGAGAAAGACCCAGAGAUCCCACCCCAACCAGCUGAAUUUUCGAUUGACAACUUCUCAGCCCUCCCUCCUAUGAAUGCUGCUACCCCUCAGAGCUUGUAUACUGGUGUAAGGCCCAUAUCAUAUGCAGUCAUGCAAAAUACUGAGUUACACCCUGGAGCCAACUACUUUCUCUAUAAUACACCAGCAGAAUAUAGGCUACCUCAGGACAAACUGCUGCCAGAAAUGGCAAUGGCUGAGUCCCAGAUCAGGGCAGAGGAAACUGGAGUUCCUGCAUCAUUACUUGUAGGAAAUGAAAACGGAAUUACUGGAGUUGACAUUCACCAUUUUGUAAAAGACACAUUCCACAGUGAGCAAGACAAACCAGUUGAAAGUCACUUCGGAUCUCCACUUGAUGGCCUAUCACUAGAUUAUGGAGGAUUCAACAGUCCAUUUCCUUUUGGAAUUGAUGGUACUAGUUCAUUAGAUCCUGCUGAUUUAGAUUUUUCACUUGACGAGGACUUCAUCCAGUACUUUGGAGCCUAGAGUCUAACAACCAACACUUUGGAGCAAAGAGUAAUGAAGCUCGUAUUGUGGAUGGGACAUUGAAUUUCUAAACCAUCAUACUUGUGGUCAAUAUCUGGUGUUAUGAUUUGAGGAGCUCAAGGCUAUAAGUAAUGCACAUGUAAGUGUGCAUGUUACGCAUUACAUGGAAGGAAUUAUGAUUUUUCUUGUAUUUUGGUUGGCCUAACUUCUUGUAAUAUGGAUGACAAUCAAGGAGUAAUUGUAAAUUCCUUAAAUUAUUUCUUAUUCUCAAAA